CGUCGCGACCGGUAACGGCGUCGCCGCGGCCUUUGGCGCCUUCCGCGGGGCCGGGCUGCCCGGGGGGCGGCGGCGGCGGCGGCGGCGGCGGCGGCUGCGGCGGCUGCUGCUGAAGGCCCGGGGUGCCGACCCGCCAUGGCGGAGGCGAGCGGAACCCGCGAUUUCUCUUUCUCGCUGAGCUCGGGCGGGGAGCGCGGCCGCCACUCGCUGCCGUCCACCUCGGACGAUGGCGCCAUGCCUCAGCACAAGUCGCCCCGGCUGUCGGGCCGCCGGCGCCCGCCCGCCUCCCGGGAGGAGGGAGAGGAGCCGGAGGCGGUGGGCGAGCUGCUCCGGCGGUCGGAGAGCGCCGUGGGCUCCGGCGAUGAGCGCAGCAGGAGGGUGAUCCGCAACCAGUACCGGGAGCUCAUCUACAGCGUGCAGCAAAAUCGUGAGGAUAUCCUGAGUUCAAAGAGUAACAGACUGACAGAAGCUUUGGAAGAAGCCAAUAAACUGUUCAGUGGAGUUUCCUGUGCACGAGAGGCUGCGCUAGAUGCCCAGUUUCUUGUCUUGGCAUCAAAUCUAGGAAAGGAGAAGGCGAAUGAAUUGCACUCUGAGAUGGCAGCAUUUGAUUCACUAGUAUUUGCAGAAGACUUGCUAACCUUCAUGGGUAUAAAUCGCAUAGAAGUAGAAGAAAAUAGUAAUGAUUCUGAGGGCAUUUCAGGUGGCUAUUUACCUAGUAAUGCCUGGCAUAAACUGGGAGAAGAAACAGAAAAGUACUUCAGAAGAGCACCUUCUUUUCACUAUAUGUUGGGAUCUUUCAAGUCUGAUCCACCUAUACCAAGGCAACGGAUUGAGCGGCAGAAAAAGGCUACAGGAGGAGAAGAAAAACGGGCAAUGCCGGCUCAGUUAAAAAAAAUGGAGGAGUCUCAUCAGGAAGCUACAGAAAAAGAAGUAGAGAGGAUCUUGGGAUUAUUGCAAACUCAUUUUAAAAAUGAUCCUGAUACACCUAUUUCCUUCUUUGAUCUUGUGAUUGAUCCAAACUCUUUUGCACGCACUGUGGAAAACAUCUUUCAUGUGUCCUUCAUUAUAAGGGAUGGUUUUGCAAGAUUAAAGCUGGAUGAUGAUAAAUUGCCAAUAAUAGAGCCUUCAAAAGAUGAGAGCAGGGAGGAUGAGCGUGGUGUUAGAGCACAGAACCAGCUUGUCAUAUCUCUGACCCAUCAAGAAUGGAAGGAGAUUGUAGAAACGUAUGAAAUAACAGAACCCAUGAUUAGCCCUCCUUGUCGUACAAAUGAAGAUGAAAUGGAGAUACCUUAAUUCUUCACGUGCCUUAAAGAAAAUAUUUUUAAAUGUUUCCUUCAGAAAAUAUUUUAUAUGUAUAUAUUGUAAAAUUAAAUUUAUUUUUUAUUGGAAUAUCUCAACACUUAAUAUAAGUUGUCUUGUUUGUACCUGUCACAGUUUUUUUUACCAUAUACUUUCUAUUUAUUAUGGCUUAGUUUACUAGUUUUUAGAUGCCAGUAAACUUUAUAAAAGCUUUCACAAAAAGGAAGUGCUAUCCUUCUUUCAUCCUUUGUCUCUCCCCAAUAGCAGCCUGCAACUGGCACAGUUAACCAUCUCUGCUGUGAUAAUCUUGUUAUCUAGAUGAUCUUGGGUGCUGCAGAAAUUGAUACUGUAUUUCAGUUUUUACUCUUCUGGAAAUCAAGCUCUGAGCUUAGAAAUUUGAUCUCAAAGAUAAAAAUUCCUCCUUUUUUAUUUCCUCAAGUCCAUUGUGUGUAUUUGGUUUUGUAAUGUAGGCAGGGUAGCUGUUUUAGGCCGUGACAUUGUUUUCUUCCAAAUAAAUAAAGUCUAGCUCCAUCUCUAUAAAAUGCUCUUCGGAA